UAACUUAUUUAACAUAAUAAAGCCGUCUAGAAAUCAUUUGGAUGGUUAAACAACCUGUUCUGGUGAUAUUGGUGACUUUACCAGCUCCCCCCAGCGUUCCCAGGCGAAAAAACAACCUUGCAACAUGAGGACUACCGUCCCGGCAAAAUACGAGAACGAGAACGAGCGCGAAACACGAGCAGCUUUACGGCAAUUCAACACACACACGCCCACCUCAAUACUAGCUAGAAGUAACCUGAGUACAAGCGACGAUGGAUAAUGUUCCAGCGAAAAGACUGAAGAGACGGUUAUCGGCGGAGGAGGUGAAAGAGAGGAAAAAACUUUUUGACCGUGCUAGGGACCGUACAAGAGUCAACAUUGGUCGUGCAUUCACCGAGUGGCGAGAGCUAAAAGAAAAUGAAGAAUGCAGAACAGAUGCGGACCUUGCGUUUCUGCUAAUGCAAUUCUACAAGCGCUGGCAAGCGACAACGUCCACGCCACGCAAGGGCCAGUGCAGACCACCACAACCAGUGGUGUCGAGUAUCGGCACGGAGUCGGAUCAUGACCUAGAAAUGAAUCCCAAUGCAAUUGGUGUUGAAACGUUGGUUAGAGAGGGAGAAAUUGAGGUUUUAGAAUCCAGCAUGCAUUCCCUGGAUAUUAGCAAACAGGAUAACCAAGAUUCACCAGAUGAAGAGGAGGAGAAUGAUUUCAGGAAUACCUAUAUUGUCAUGGAUCCUUUUUGGGAUAACCCAAAAAAUGUGUGCUUUGAAGAUGGGUACAGCUCCGAUGAGGAUUUUGUCCCAUCUCUUCAUUUGCGCACUAUUGGUGCCAAAACAGACAAGCUUCCGGAAAUCAGUGUGGACGAAGCUGUGUUAGAUUUUUUUGUAUCUGAUUGUCCAGUUGAUGAAUCGGAAUCAGAUUCUGUUCCAGAACAACAUAGAAUAACUACAGAGGAAGACCUAGUUGGUAAAUGUGCAAACAUUACAUACAACGAUAAUCUCCUUCAACUCGCUCGGCACCUGAAACUACCAAUCAAGAACUGCAAACACAUGGACAGACUGUCUGGUUGUCCAUGUCCUGGUGUUCCACCGUUUCAGGUCACCCUGAAACCUCGUGGGACUGGAGCAGUUUUGGAAUGGUUCUGCCCCUUCGGACACAGCCAGUGGAAGUGGAACUCGCAGCCAACUUUAAAGUUUGGCAUGCAGGGUGGGGACUUCAUGCUCUCUGCAAAUAUACUACUGUCUGGCAACAACUACAGAAAAGUAGCUCUUCUUUUCAAAUUCAUGGCCAUGGGGAUGGUUACAGAAUCGACAUACUACCGUAUCCAAGAUGCAUACUGCAUAGAGCCUGUCCAAGACUUCUGGGACAACAUCAAUGCCAAAGUCAUGGAGCGUAUGCGUCAAAAGGACCAUAUUGUUGUUCUAGGAGACGGCCGAAUGGACUCUCCUGGACACUGUGCUCAGUAUUGCACAUAUACAACAAUAGAGCAGGAGUCUAGAGAUAUCAUCCACAUCGUUUCUGUUGACAAAAGGGAGACCAGCCGCAACUCCGUGAUCAUGGAGAAGGAGUGUUUCGUUCGCACCAUGGAUGCUCUGCUCCCAAAUGUCAAAAUAAAAGAAGUGGUUACUGAUGCCCACCCUCAGAUCAUGGCAUUACUGAAUCCUGAACGUGGACGAUACAAGGAAUGGGGAUUACAGCAUUCACUUGACAUUUGGCAUGCUGCUAAAAGUCUUAGCAAAAGGCUUCGAAAGGCUGGAGCAGUGAAAGGGCAAAAUCAUAUUCACAUCUGGACACGGGACAUUGUCAACCAUUUUUGGUACUGCAGCAAACAGGCCUCCACAGAGGAGGAAUUUAAGUUGAUGUGGGUUGGUGUAAUGCAUCAUGUGUGCAAUGAACAUUUAUGGGCAACCGGUUGCUGUCAACAUGAGCCGCUGGAGGAAGGCAGCCAAGACAAGCCUUGGAUGGAGCAAGGUUCAGCAGCUCACUGGGCCCUGGCUGCAAUUGUGUUCGAUAAGAGAUGGCUUAACCAGGCGAAGAAGUUCAUAAACUUCAGGACGACGUCGGAUUUGGAGAGUUUUCAAAAUCACAUUCUGCUCUACGCAUCUAAACGCAUGUCAUACACCCCAUUCAUCUACAAGACCCGGACACUGCUGGCUGCAAUAGAUUAUAAUCUGCACAAUCAACGCAUGCCAGCACGUAACAAGGAUGGACACAAAAUGUACAAAAGAGCGUACAAUAAAAAAUCAAAAAACUGGUCUGUGUAUACAGUCAAGGAGAAAAAGGAUUACAAGUACAUCCCUGACCUCCAGAAGGCCAUUCUUGGUAGGAGGCUAAAGAGUAGGACCGGCCUUCCACGCAAAACCACCAUAAGGGCAGAUGAUCCCAGGAGACUUGGUUUGCUUUCUUCUGCAGAGCCACCACCACCCACGUCAGAGCUUGUUCAAAAACAUGUGUCACGAGGGGACACUGCGCCCACAAAACCACAGGAGGAUUGACACUAUUCCCUCUUAGAAACUGUA